AUGGCUGCCAUGGCUACACGAAAUUUCCGACACGACAUCCUCCCGCCCUCCCCAACCUUGACGAAUCCCGACAUGAUUCUUCCAGAUGGUCAGCAGGGCCACACUGAAGACUAUCCUCUGACACAACCCGACCGUCCGUCCUCACCAUCCAUCUUCGUGCAACAAUUGAACUCCAUCAAGCUUUUGGAUGCGCCACCGGGCCACCGUGGCCUUUCGUCUCCGCGCACUAUGACACCGACUUCGACUACAUUCUCGUCGUACAGCGCACCGUCAAACAAUGAAACCAGUCCCGCGCCUCAGAAGCAUAGCCGUUCGGUCGAUCUUAUGGUAGCAGCAAAUUUUUUGCGCUCGACUCCCUCGCAGAGCACCCUCAAUGCUUACCACUACCCUCACGACACCUCGAGGAGUAAUUCGCCGGUAGGCCAACUGCGCGCGGAAGAGCCAGACGCGAACAAGGCCCAAGCCACCGCUUUGGACACCAUGUCCGAAACGUUUGAGCUCCUGGACUUGAACAAUGAUCUUGUACCGAGCGAGACGCGCAGAAGAGAUGCAGAUAAUAUUGGCGGUGAUGAUGAAGCAGAGGAUGAGUUGGCAGCGCUUCCAAGGCCUAAAGGUAUAGAUGACGAGCCAGGAAAUGAAGAGCAGGACGGGAGCGAGUAUGAUCUCAGUUCGCAUACUGCCCUGAGCAAGCGCGCAGAGAUGAUUCUUGCUAACGCAAAAAAGCGAUUGAAUGUCAUGGAAGGGAACCUGCGCGGUGCCCGAUCCUCGCUCUUAGUCCCUUCACAGGCUCUCAGUAGUUUGAAGAUGCAGACCGAGCUCUCCGCGCAAAUUCAUGCUGCGCGUGAGCGCGAUCGAAGACUGUAUGGCGGCAUUGGGUCCAUACCUCCCCGACCUCAUGAUAAUUCUCCUCUCACAAACAUCACGCCCGGCCAUACGAGGGGAUCAAGUGAGACUUUUACGCCAUCCUCUUUACCAGCUGGCGCAGUCAAGAAGAUCCAUUAUUCUCAGAAGCGCGCUUCUAGUGCUCUUGGGCCGAUUAGAGGACAAUGGUCGCCGUCAGAGGGCACCGUCUCAUUCGCUCGUACUCCUUCAAUUCGCUCAAGUCGGAGCCAGGAACAAAUGCGUCAAGAACGACUGCAUGCAUGGCAAGGUGCCGCGGAUGCGCAGACUGCGAGAAGACUGUCGCCGGAUCCGAGAGCGUCACCGAAUGCUAAUCUAGACACCCUACCUGAGGACGAAGCGUUCCCAAAUACCGAAAUCGAACGUUCUGCAUCUACGACAAGCGACCUGAAAACACAAAUGCAAGAAUUGAAGGGACGUAUUUCGUCGUUGAAGGAGCGUGCAAAGGAAGAGGGUAUGAAACGAAAGAGUCUACAGACCUUGCGAACGCCCAGUCCAUUCACUGCUGCUGAGUCUUGGUAUUCUGGUACAGACGCGUACAAAGAGGGCAGCCCGAUUGCCACAGAUGGAGGCAUUGGAUGGAGAGGAGAGCCAUCACCGGUAACAGCGCAGAGUCAUGACCUACCUUCUCAUCACACAGAAAGCUCGUCAAAACAUGUGAGAGGAAGCAGUGACCAGAAGAUGGACGACUUGAAUGUCCUUAAUGAGUAUGAAGAUAAAAAUGCAUUCCUGACCGAUCUCCGCGACUGGGGCACAGAGUCCACCCCCCAAGACAACGACCCGAGCUAUCAGGAUAGCACCACCAUCCACACAGACCACUAUGAGGAUGAGGAACGGAGUCGAUCACCAGAUGACAACGAUAAUGAUGAGCUUGAGCGCGAAGCAAUCGGUGAGGCCUCUUCGACAGGGGAUACAGAGUCUGUCUACGAAGACGCUGAAUGGGAACAGCCUGUCGCUGAACGACAUGAGGAUCGCGCGGAUGCCUUCGACUAUGAGAAUUUUUUCCUUCACAGUGCUAUGGGUACAUACACGGCUGAUCGAAACCGGAGAGGCAGUGUCGGUUCCGAGGACUCGGUCGAAACAACACGACCUUCGUCGCCACCUCGCAGUGCUUCAGCAGCCACUGCAUCAAGAUCGAGGAGCUCACAAGAAUUAACCUUGACUCAUCGUCGUACUCGUAGUAAUGAUUCCGUUUCUACUGUACAGACAUUCGCAACUGCUACAGAAGGCCGAAGCUCUCGAAAUGCGGGAUCUGAUUAUCACGAUGACCACGAAGCCCUGGACGAGGCCACCAAUCAACUAAUUCGUCAAAACUCAUACCAACAGUUUGUUCCUCCUACGCCGCCUUUGCCUCAACGUAUAUCCUCACUCGGGAGCCCAGGCUUCCAGAAUCACCGCGUCGACUCUGUUGUGCAUAUCCUUGAUAAGCAGAGCAGCAUAACAGAGUCUAAGAGCAUACCCGACAUGCUCGUGGCUAUUUUGACCUCAGUGCAAUCUGAACAAGGGCAAUCGUCGCUUGAAAAUCAAGAUACGGCCCUCCUCCGCUCUCUUGCCGACAGUCUUGAAAUGGUAUACAGGGAGCUACAAUCCACAGAGCCAGGCACCUACGACCGAAAGCUCUGGAGGAGACGCCUAUUUAAUGCGAGGAGAAUGCUUGAAGGCGACGGAGAGGCAGAAGCCUUUUGAUCUAUGACCACCUACAUGUAGCUAAUCUUUGAAAUUUCUUGCGCUAUACCCUAUAUCUUCCUUGUUCUUGUACUAUUUUACCGUAUCUUAGUAACUUACUUCAUAU